CGGCACGGCUGUGGGAUGCGGCUGGAAACUUGGUGAGAGCCGUGAGUCCGAACGGUGCCACCCCCUGACUGCUGACAGCCCAACGCCACCAACGCCGGCAAAUUCAGCCCGAGGCAGAAAGGAAUCUGCUUAAUUAGGCGCUGACGCUUUGGUGUGUCGCCAUCCCUCUUGGCACGUCGGUGCGCGGUGGAUGGAUGGAUGGGUGGGAGGCUGUGAGCUCCCAUGCGUGACCUCGGCCUCAUCCCCUCCCAGCCGCGCUAACACCAGAAGGAUGGCGGCUGCCUCGUUCCGCUACGGCAUCACCAUCACCGGGGCCGUGCUGCUGGUGACGGGGACUCUGUGCUUUGCCUGGUGGAGCGAUGGGGAGGUGGGCACAGCAGUGGGCAGCGGGGCUCACCUCCUGCCCCCCCGUGAGGCCCAGGCUGUGCCCAGCUCCUCCAACGCGCUGCUGCGCUCCGUCAGCUUCUUCUGCUGCGGCAUCGGCGGCAUCCUGCUCCUCUUCGGGCUGCUCUGGUCCGUCAAAGCCAACGCCAGGGUGGUGUCACGGCGCUACCGGUACCGCUUCCCCCGUGACCUGCAGUACUUCACUGCUGAGCCCCCGGAGAAGUGGAACUGCAGCUCCUGGGACGCCACUGCCAUCCCCACCUACGAAGAAGCCCUGACCUGCAGGCCCGCUCACGGCACCUACCUCCAUCCCGUGGUGAGCAAGGAGGAGCUGACACCACCUCCAUAUCAUGACUUGGAGGAUGAGGAGGAUGAGCGCUGGCAGAGCGGCCGCCGCCGCAGCUCCUCCGACAGCGCCUUGUUCCGCCCCAGCCCCUCGUGGUUGGAGACCCAGAGCCCCACUGGGCCACAGGCAACACCACCCCCCAGCUACGAGAACAUCAGUGUUCGGGGUGUCUGACUGAGCGCCGUCCUUCAGCACGGGGGGGGCACGGGGCUGCACUGCUUUCCAAGUGAUGCAUUCGGAGCAAUGUGAGCAGCUGGCAUGUCGGGAGCCUUCGUGUUUUUAAUAAAACCACCUCUGGUUGCAAA